AUGAUGAAACAGAUAAUUGUUAUAUGUAUUUUAUCGAGUUUAUUGAUUGUUGGAUCGAGCGCUCAACAACGAUGCUCAUCAGAAUAUGAAGAAUUUUUUGUAUGCGUUGAAGAGAGUGAAAGAUGUAAUGGAACCCUUAUUUGUGGUUACGGAUACGGAUGCCUUCCAAACCCAUAUGUCUCCAAUCCAACCUCUGUUUUGGCUGAAUUAGAUGGUGGAUCCUCAUAUGAGCCAGUCGCUCCUUACAUUUGCAUUAGAUUAGGUGCUGUUGGAUCACCAUGUUACUAUAAUGAUCAAUGUAUGGAUGGCCUUGAUUGUUACAACCCUCACGAAAAUGGAACUUGUCAACAUCUCUACUUUGCUCAAUUGGGUGAAGAUUGCAGAUUUGAUCAAGAGUGUUACCCAAAUUUAAAGUGUGAUCCAUUCGAAAGGGAAUGUGUUGCCGAUAUUGGUUCAGAUUUGCAAUGCCAAAACAAUGUUCAAUGUUCAUAUGGAUUCCAAUGUAACAGCACCUCUAACCGUUGUGUCCCAAGAGCAUCAGCAGGACAAGUAUGCAGAGAAACCAAGGAUGGAUUUUCCUACAUGUACUGCCAAGAAGACCUUCUUUGUAAUAGCGACACUGAAGGUAAUUAUACCUGUGUCACUCCAUUCUCUAUCGCCACUGACAAGGGUUGUUUUUCUGAAUCCGAAAAACUCAACGGAGACAAUGGUUACUAUUUGUCACCAUGUCAAGCUGGAACUGUAUGUCACAACAAUUUAUGUACCGCUCUCAACAUCACUGCAGCAUCGGUCAACUGUUCAUCUGAUGUUACCCAAUGCUCAUUUAUUGAAAAUUGUGAAUGCAACAAUGGCACCUAUAUUGAUGGUGUCGCUGGACAAUGUGUCGCAUAUGUUGUCUCCAACACCGAGACUAUCAACAAGUGUAUCGAACACACCACCAAUCUUUUAGGUUGUCUCAAAGACAACGAAUGUUCUGACUACUCCCUAUCCAGACAAGGAGAAGCUAUCUUCCUUGUUCCAAACUCUUGUGGUUAUAGAAACUGCCACAGUGAACUCUGUGACAUUCAAGCUGAAUGUACCGCUCAACCUCCAAGCCCAGCUCCAUCCUGCGGUGAAGUUGAUUUGGACGAGAAAUUCUUCUGUGCCGACUAUAGUUCUGCCAGCACUCUUACAGUCUCUGGUUCCAUCCUCUUUGCCCUCAUCGUUGCUCUCCUUUUCUAA